GUUGUUAAGGUACGUUAAAAAGGGGGCGAAAAUGUAAAAACGUGGCAUAAGAUUAGGACAAAGGAAUUCAAUAAAAAAACAAAAUUUUAUAUCAAUUUAGAAAAAUUAAUUAAAUUUAACAGAGUUUUGUUCAACUAUUAACAGAGUUCUGUUAAAUGAAGUGAUGAGCUGGUUUUUAAGUUGUGGAGGUUAAGUUUCGUUUUUAACGUAAAAUAAAGAGUAUACGAAUUUCUUACAGAAUUAAUAUUUGCAACUUGACUUCACUUUCGUCAAACAUAUGAGCAGCAAGAACAAGACCUAUAAAAUAUAUUUAUGAGCAGCAAGAUGAAGACCUCUGACAUACAUGGUAGUCAUUGUGUUGAGCGGAUAAAAUGGAUGUUGCACAAUUAGAUGGGGAGAUCAACCAAUUGAAGAAAUUGAGGGAACAUUACGAAUCACAGUUAAAAAUUGUCGGUUUAGAUUUGACCGAUCUUGAUGAUGAUACACAAAUUCUCUUGAAUGAAUAUGUGGAUCUGCAGCAGUGCACUAAUUUAUAUGAUUUACGUUUAUCCAAUUUAAAGUCGUUUUAUUAUGAGAAAAAGAGGGAGCACAUUGAAUAUGAUACAUUCGUGAAGAGAUUGGAAAACGAAAUUGAAAAGCAAGAAUCAGAUUUGGAAAAAAAUCAGUCGGAAUGUGCUUUACUAGAAAAAUUUAUUGAGGCUACUAAUAGGAGACUGGUUUCGGAAUCUGCAAUGGAACGCGAAAAAUUACAGGUGGAAAGCAAUAUGAAAACUCUUAAUGAGAAAUUGAAAAACAUAAAUAUACCCGAAGAGUUUGAUAUCGAUGAACUAAUUAGAAAAGUCAAGGCAUUAGCAGAUAGCAACCAUAAAUAAAAGUAAUUAUAAAGUAAAUAUGUUUCUUUAACUUCAAAAGCGGGUUAAGUAAGUAAGACGUUGCAAAAAA